AUGGCUGUUUGUCUAGGAGAGAUGGAAGAAGCAGCUGGUGUCAAGUUGCUAGAGCCUAACAUGUUUCCUCACUUGCAGACUUGGAUAAAAAACUUCAGAGAUGUCCCUGUGAUCAAAGAGAACCUUCCUGAACAUGAUGGACUGCUGGCCUAUUUCAAAUCCCUAAGAGAGAAGUUCACUGCCACAACAAUAUCAUAG